CUCCAGAUAGUUCAGGUGAGUGUUGUUGGCUGACUAACUUCCACCUGAAGCAGACCAGUUGUUUUGCAACAGUGUGCACGAUGACACUGCAACAGAUCAGAACACGCAGGAAUAAUUCUCAAUAAUUCCUUUUAACAAGUUUGUACACGAGUCGAGGAGCUGCGGGAGAUGUGGUAAAGACUUCAUUCCCAGCUGGGUCCGACCUGUGUGUGUGUGAGUGGAUUUAAGCGGCAGUUCAGCCUCGCAGGAGCGUUUCUCAAGAGGAAGCAGACGAGCUCGGGAGAAGUCACUGAGUGAGGAGAAACUGAUAUUGACGAUGGCAGAGAAUAAAGAGAAUAAGAUGGCCCCGAACCUCCAGGCUGGGGCUGGAUUCCUCGCCAAACGGGUCCAGAAAUCUCUGAACCGAGCUCAGGAGAAGGUUCUUCAAAAACUGGGCAAAACCAUGGAGACCAAAGAUGAGCAGUUUGAGCUCUGCUGCCAGAGCCUCAACAAACAACAGAUCGAUGGAAGCAGGUUGUUUAAAGAUGUCAAAGCUUACUAUGCAGCAGUCAAAGCCGUGCAUGAUACGUCCAAACGGCUGUCUCAGACGCUGCGAGACGUCUAUGAACCGGACUGGAACGGAGUGGAGGGUCUGGCUGUCAUCACAGAAAGUGAAGACUUACUCUGGAACGACUUCGAAGAGAAAUUAAGUGACCAGAUUGUCCGUACCAUGGAGAACUAUACGAGCCAGUUCCCGGAGGUCAAGGAACGAGUAGCUAAACGUGGUCGCAAGCUGGUGGACUACGAUUCAACUCGACACCACCUGGAAGCACUGCAGAGCGCCAAGAAGAAGGAUGAAGCCAAAAUAACAAAGGCAGAGGAAGAGUUCAACAAAGCCCAGACUGUCUUUGAAGAAAUCAACAGUGAGCUGAGAGAGGAGCUGCCUGUCCUCUAUCAGAGCCGUGUAGGUUGCUACGUGACGGUUUUCCAGAACAUCUCAAACCUGCGGGAUGUCUUCUAUAAGGAAAUGAGUGUGCUGAACCACGAGCUGUACGAUGUGAUGAAGAAACUGGAGAAUCAACACUCAGGAAAAGCUUUCAUCAUCAAGGGUCUGAACAGCACAACGAGCAAGUCAAAGAAGAGAAAAUCCCUGGUCAUCUCAAACCCCAUCCCCUGCAAUACAGCCUUCCCAACGGACCACGUCUCCCUCCAUUCUUCCACUGAAAAUGGAAAAGAUGCCGUGCACUCUCCUACCACUGAGCGACCUCAGAGCACCUCUGAAGACACCAGCCAAGCAGAAGAAAGUAGCGUCUCAUCCAAAGACGUCCACUCAUCAGACUCUGAUCUCAGCUCCAAUGGGACCAACACGCCCAAGAGGCAGUCCGUGUGCGACAACGACGGCAGCGACAGGAGCACACGGAGUCAGAGCCCCAAAGAGCCGGAGGCAACAGCAGUGGAGACAGAAGCAGAGGCAGAAGCAGACCUCACUACAGACCAGUCAGACGACUCUGGGGUCGGAGUACCGAAGUCUGAAGCUGUAAGUCAAGAGGCAUGCCUUCCCUCUGAUUCUCCAGACAGUGAAGCGCCUCACAGUCCAGAGCAGGAGAGUGUGGCUGAUCCACCAUCAGAAGCAAAGCCAAAACCUGGACCAGUCCCUGCCCCACGUCGCUCAUUCCGCUCUUCAAAGAGACACGUCACUUCACCCGCCGAGGAAGAGACAGAGGAGGCAACAGAGGAUGAGGAGAAAGCCGGCUCAGGGGAAGACUGCAGCUCUGACAAUCCUCCAGGAUUCCUUUACAAGGGGGUGGCGUUAGAGAGCCAUGAAGCGUCUGAAGAUGGCCUGCUCCAGUUUGAACAGGGAGACUUCAUCCUGGUCCUCGCUGACGACCAACAGCAGGACGGCCUGCUGAAGGGGAUAAAGGAGGAGAACUGGAAGCAGCACAAGGACAUAGAAAAUCACUCUGGGAUCUUCUCGGAAAAACUAAUCGAGCCCGUUCAGACGGAGUGAGGCAAUAGUCACUCCUCAGCCUGUAACACUCUCUCUCUCCAUCAAGAGCUCGGUGACUCACACACAUUCACACACACACCCACACACGGAGGGAGUGAACCCAUAUGUUUUAGGCGCAGAGGCUGUACAAACAGAUGAUGUGACUGACAAACACAUGGUCACUCACAUGCUAGGAUGUUGCAACUUGUGGAACAAACGUGACUUUUAGAGCAUUAUGUAAGAGAUGCUUGGAUGGGUAAAUGUAACAGUAUUUUUCUCUUUUAAAAUUUCAAUGACUUGCUGUGAAACACUGUGAAAAAAUCAUUUUAUACUGAUGUUUUAAUCUUUGGUAAAUUUUCCAAAUAAAGUUAUAAAGAAA